CAUUGUAUAGCGCUAAGGGAGAGUGGACGCGCCGGACUACGGAGUGUGGUGGUCUUCGAUUCGUUCAAGCUAAGACCAGGCAAAAAGUAAACAGUAAGGUAUCUGGUUUCUUGUCCGCUGAAAGCAAGGAAGCGGGGUCGUAAAAAAAGGAUGGCCAUGCAGAACAGCAAUUCUGCCCCCAACAACUCCAUCAUUCAGCCUGCAGGAUUUUACAUUGUUGGCUUAAGUUCACUGCCUUACAAUAAUAUCUAUGUCAUGUUCCUCACUGUGCUUUAUGUGAUCACAGUCAUAUGCAAUGUCUUUCUGAUCACCAUCAUUUUCUAUGACCACCGACUGCAUGUCCCAAAGUUCAUAGCUGUUGGUAAUCUGGCUUUAGUUGAUAUUAUUCUCAGCACUUCUCUUGUGCCUGGCAUGAUAAAGACUUACCUUGUUCUAGACAAUUUUGUGCCAUUCAAACUGUGCCUUGUGCAAAUGUUCACUUACUAUACUUUUGUAUCCCUCGAGUCAUUUUCCAUAUGCGUUCUCUCUUACGACAGAUUCAUUGCAAUCUGCUUGCCUUUAAGACAGGAGUCUAUAAACACAAACACCAGAAUGGCUUACAUAAUUGGUGCACUUUGUUUUUUUUGUGUUGUUGUAACGAUCUAUGCUGUUGAAUCCAUCCCAACCCUCUCAUUUUGUGGCUCUCUUAAGGUCAACAGCUAUUUUUGCGAUUAUGCUCCUACUUUAUUACUUGCUUGCAACGAUAUAACACUUCAGUGGAAUACUGGGAAUACUUUAACUAUACUCUUCAUUGUUGUACCUUUGUCUUUUAUUUUCUUGACCUAUAUGGGUAUAUUGCUCGCUGUAUUCAGAAUGAAGAAUAAUCAGAGCCGUUAUAAGGCGCUGGCCACGUGCACCGAACACCUCAUGUUAGUGGCCAUAUUCUACAUUCCAAUUUUUAUUAUCUUCAAUCUUUCAUUUUUUGGAAUUUAUUGGAACCCCGAUGUAGGUCUGGCGUGCUUGUCUUUUUCGUCCCUCAUCACACCCUGCGUAAAUCCCAUCAUUUACUCAUUGAAAACUAAACAGAUUCGAAACAGGAUUUAUUCCUUGUUAACCCACAGACUGUCUGUUCAUCCUCUUAAAAAUGCACAUUAAUGUAUAGAACAUAACUGUGGCUUAAAGUUCUUAUCUUAACUUAUAAAGCAGUUCAUGGGCUGGCCCCCGAUUAUAUUUGUAAUUUGGUGACAGUGCCCACGCCAUCUCGGUCUCUCCGCUCCGCUAGUUCUUACUCUGUACCAGCCUUGUUGUAGCCUCAAAACUAUGGGUGGGGGGUCUUUCUCUUGUAUUGCUCCCAGGUUGUAGAAUUCUCUGCCUUUUCCUAUCAGGAAUGCUCCAUCUUUUGAUUGUUUUAAGAAUUUACUCAAAACAUAUCUUUUUAGUGAAGCUUUUAAGUAAUAAUUUUACAGUACUUGUUGCCAUUGUUGUUUUUGUGUUAUGAUUGUGAUUGUCAUUAUGGAGUAGUGUUGUUCUUUUGUUGUUUUUAUUGUUGCAGUGCCUUGAGUGUAAGAAAGGUGCAAUACAAAUAAAAUUUAUUAAUAUUAUUAUUAAGU